CCCUCCCCCCGCCCCUCUCCGCUAGACCCGAGCCUCGCGGCAGCCCACACGCCGCGGGCUGGACACGGAAGGUUCGAACAAUACUGUUUUUAUCAUGUUUCCGGAUUGAAGUGACGCGACUCGACAUGACGCCUCGCCUUUAUUGUCGCCGUCACUGUGUGUGUCUGAUGAAGUGUUUCUGUGUUGCAGGAAGUGGACCCCCGCCACCAUGGAUGUCAGCCCCACCAUCCCCGACCACUUCAAGGCUGACCUCUUUGACCUCGUCUCGUGCACGGAAUACGACUUGAAUGGCGGUGCGCUGGGCGCCGAGUGCUGGCAGCUGGACGACCUGGUGACCCGGAAUAUCAACAACAACAACAACAACGCCGUCAGUGUCGGGGAAGUGAUGGCUCCUACCUGGUCCUAUGGGAGUUACCCUGAACUUCCCUCCUCGACGUCCACCUCCAUGGGCGUGCUGAGCCACGACAAGGAGAAGGAGACCAGCGACAAGAUGUGGGGCGGCGGCGGCACGACUGAGAAGGUGGUGAACAGUGCCACCGGCAACACCAUCAUCAUCACCUUCCCCUCCUCCGAGGGCCGUCCCUCCGACGGCUCCGAGGCCGCCUACAACCCCUCGCCGCCCAUGGUGGAGCCCAACAACCUUGAGCUUUUCAACUCCAUCCUCAACGAGAAGCCUUACGAAGGUCUGGUGUCUCACAACCACCGCUCGCCGGCUUCCGACUGCGUCUCGUACGUCAGCGCCUGCUCUGGCUACAGCGAUUCUGGGAUAUCGACGUCACUGGAGGACACAGCCUCCCCUAACGAGGGCGGCCACGGACACGAACACGUCGACUUUGAGCGACUGGUAGACUCCGCUGUCGACUCCCUUGUGUACUCCCCCGGGACCGGCGCUCUGGCCCCCGUCGAAGACCCUCAGGGCAUGGAUGGCGUCAACGCGGCGUACAUGACUCCCGCGCCGAUGCCUUACUCCACGCACGUCACUCAGAGCAGCGACGUGUCUUCCAUCCUGGAAGGGGCGCUGAGAGGCACAGUGCGUCGGCCGGCCGGUCCUUCUCAGCUGCCGCCCCUCACCAAGAUUUCUGAAGCUAAGACGCUCACACUGAUGUCCAACAUGACACCUUUGCCGCCCCUGACCUCGGCCUUCAAAGCAGAGCAGCUAAACGGCGUCGGAGGGUCAACGCAGAUCAGCAGCAGCAAUGGCAUGUACGUGACGACGGGCUACGACUACCACCCUACUCCAACUGAGGAGUACACCAGCCUGGACGCCUCCUUCACCAAACUCUCCACGACCACCCCUCAGAAGCCCGACCAGUCAGACCAAAAACCUAAAAAGCGCAAGUACACCAAGCGCGCGGCAGGGGAGGAGCCGACCGUGAAGGGCCGCCUCCUCCACUUCUGCCACAUCUGCAGCAAAGGCUUCAAGGACAAGUACAGCGUCAACGUCCACAUCCGCACCCACACCGGGGAGAAGCCCUUCAACUGCGAGCUGUGCGGCAAGUGUUUCCGGCAGAAGGCGCACCUGGCCAAGCACGUCCAGAUCCACAGUGCGCCCAAGCCACCGGGGAAGAGGUGAGCGUCGCGGCGCACGCCCGACCCAAGAUUCCUUCAGCCCCGUGCAGCGCUGGGCCGCGCCGGGUAGCGUCUGACCGAGCCGGGCCGUGGUCCCGGCCUCGACGAAUGUCUCACUGUCGUACCUGCUCCUCGUUCUUAAGCCGUCUUUUGCGUUAUUUACAGCUUCGUAUUGUUAGAAGGAUAAGGGAAUCGAGAAAUUAACAAUGUAUAAUCUAUGGUGCAGUCAAUACUCAUGUUUGUAAAUAGUCACUAACCUGUCUAUUAAGUUCUGCUGUCGCGCAGCCUCGUGUGUGGCGAGAACGGCACACCAGUGUUCCACUUGUUACGCCUGACUCAAGAUUACAAGAUUCACCACUAGCUGGCUAGUGUCACACACACACACACACACACACAAGCACACACACAUACACAUGCCCUACUCCCCACAAACAAACAUUCACUCCCACAGUUACACACACACACACACACACACACACACACACACACAUGCCCCCCCACCCACCCACCCACCCACACACACACACACACACACACACACACACACACACACACAAAUGGAGAGGUUGUACACAUUGUCAACACUCUGGGUGCCAUGAGUCCGGCGUCCGCCGCCUGACGGGGAUGCCUGGUGCGUGCCCGUCAGCCUGGCUGCGAGUGGCAAAGUUAGGAUGUCAUUGUUUUCAGUGGUGCACUACACACAGCAGUGACAUGUCCACUGAGGAAAAUUAGGUGAAAGGAGAGCCCUUGUGACGGCUGUUGCCCGGCCGGAGGGCGGGAGGUGUGCCUGACGGAGGGCCGAUCACGUCUCGUGGUGCAAGUGACACGCGUGCCGCCGCGCCAGACAGAGUUGGCUCUCACUGUACAUAGCUGCAAGACGCUCGCCUCGAUGCCCUGGCGAGGCCCUUCUCAGGAUGAGAUGCGGAGUCUUGUCUUUAGGUUCAUGAAUAGUAUUAUGAUUGGCUGCCAAAAUAUUUACACUGUGAUUGGAGAUCUGGGUACUAUACACCAGUCCCUGGCACUUUUGUAGAUAGUACAACUAUCCCUGUUAUUCUUUCCCUCAGAGUGACCUUUGCCACCACUCCCACAACGCCGCGCCUGCGCUCGCCAUGUUUACUGAACGACGUCCUUCAGACUGUGAGGCUUCUCAGGAGGAUAAUGUGUGUUGCCAUCCGGCACAAGGAGAAACACAGUAUUUCGCUGAGCCUUAAAAUGUUAUAGUUCAUGUUGUGGAGUAAUAUCCUUGCAUAAAUGCGGUGACCUGCAGGCAGCAAGCGGCGCGGGUGUUCAGUGAGGACGAGGGAGGCUGUCGCGACCCACCUCUACAGGUAAUCGCCACCUUGGCACCCUCCGCCUCGACUGAGCCCCAUCUGCUGCUGCUGCUGUUGCUGCGUGGGUGGAGAGCAGAGGGUCAUUCUUGAGACAAAUGUUUUGUGUCUAAUCUCUAAGGUGUUCUCAACACGUCUGGUUGGUGUGUAGUAUUGUGGGGAACAAGAGCGCCAUGUGGGCACCGGCGGACACGAGGCGCCUCGCCACACCUGUUGACAGAGUGCGGGAGGAAACGAAGCCCCGGCAGCUCCUUGGGGCCCUCCGCCAUGCUACGGUGCCUUAGGGGAAGGUGUCUCCUGAUGCAAUAAGAGUGUAAUAUUCUAUAUAAGUUCAGAUACUUGUUAGUUGUUAUAUGUAUUCAUCUCAAGAAUAUUCAUCUAACCUGUGUAAUAUUGCUCCAUGUCGGAUUACGUGAGUAGCUAACGCCGACCUUCCCUGUUAGUGCCGGUGCGGGCCGCGGCGGCACCCCGGGCCGCGCGCGUGUCCUGGGAGGGAGGCUGGUGGGGGCGGGACCCUGCAGGAGGAGUGGACACGGCUGCGGCCUCGUUGUCAAAUUGUUUCCGCUCAACUCAGCGUAAGGUCAAGUAAUCGAGGCCGGGCUCAGCGCCCCCCUUCAAGGUCUCCUCCAGCCCGGGGUAAAUCUUAUAUGAAAGCCGUAUAUUUUUCUAUAGUUAUGGAAGCCUUAUGAAUUUAUUUUGUUAUCCAUUGACCUACAAUAGGACGGCCGAUCACUGUCGCCGUCGACUAUUUAUAUGAGUUGUCCUGAAGGGGCGGGGUCGUGCGCCUCGCGCGGGGCCGCGUGCGGGAGCGAGUGUCGUCAGGAUAAACCCCGGCGAGAGUUCUGCCGACACGUCAGGAUGACCUUCAGGAGGACUCAGGCCGCGCUAGUGAUGGGAGGCCGCCACGCCAGGCUGGCCCGGCGGGCCGCCGCCGCCUCGCCCCGGCUGGACAACUGGUCGAGUCUUCUCACUGUUGUUUUCCUCUACUGUGAUAAUAAAAGUCAGCGUGCUAGUUAAUUUGUUAUACUUUUCCUAAUUAUGUCCUUCUUCUCCUUUUUAUUGUUUCUGUUAUUAUUUACCUAUUUGUUACUACAAAUUAUUCUCCUCAUUGAGUUGUCAGAGUAAUAUAUAUGUUACCCAUCCCGUCGUGUUAUUUCACUCUGUUGUGCCCGGCGCUCAAGGCUUACCACACUCGUAUUGGGACACAGAAUUACUCACAUAAUUCUGGAAUUGCUCACAAGUACCACAUGAAUGCACGAAAUUGGGUAUCUAGGUAGUUGAUUGAGUCCUGUUACAAAAUGAUGACCGACAGAGGACCGGCCGGCAGGCGCUGGGUUGGGGGUGGCUGCUGUUGCUGCUGCUGCUGCUGUCAGCCCGACGAAGUGGGUCAGCCGCUGGUCUUGGGGCACUUGACUCACUCACACAUUCGCCCACACUCCCUUGACUCAUCCACACCCACACCCACAUUCACAUUAUCAUAACCCCAUCCACACCCACACCCUCACCCAUCAUGCCUCGACUCACUCACACUCAUGCACACUCACUCCGCACCAUCACUCACACUCCCUUGACCCACACCCUCACUCAUGCAGAGUCACUUCACAAACACAUCCAUCUCCACAUCCACGAGACGCGCCCAUUAUGACGACACAAAAGAUAUUCAGAAACUCCACAUUCACCUGACACUCCUGCAUCCAAAGUCCAAAUGUAUCCAAGCGUAUCCAGUCCCACUUCAAACAUUCACACCCACACCCACCACUGACAUGCCCCACCCGUCCCCCUUCACAUACAUGUCCAGAUAUCUUCCCCCAUGACCACAUCCACCCCCACACAUAUGACAUCCACUUCGGCGACUACCCCAGCGUCGCCGCCAAAUGCUGGUUCCUUCACGAGGUCAGUGCCAUCCUGCGAGGCUUUGCUCAACCCUGUGUAAGCCUUGGGUUCCCGGGCCACUUGUCUGGGGUCGCCCGCUGCUCCCACGAAGUCCGCACCCCCGCUUGCCCGCCCGUCUGUCCUGCCCGCCAACACUCGCUGCCAAAACCUGAGUUACACCACCUCAACAACAACAACAACAGUGCCAGUAACAGCAAUAUCAGUAUCAUUACCAAAACUACGACAACAAUACUAUGAACAACAACUUAAAAAACAAACAAAUAAAAACGAGUUCCGGUCAUCAUAUAUAUACAACAAUGAUAACACCAAAUAUAAAAAAGUAACAACAGCAAAAAAGAUAAGAACAAUACUUAUAAUGGCAAAAACGUUAAGAUUAGGACACCAGACAGGUGUUUAAACAAAGAUAUCAACAUUAAAUUAGAAAAAAAUAAUAACCUCAGCCGAAACAUCUGCUAGAUACAGACAAAUAAUAACCAGACAAAUAGGCACAAUAAAAACAAGUACAAACAAUCACGAAGACAAGGAACAUUACGGUACAGACUCAGCCGCGUCAACGGUUCCUCUGCCAGUCACACACGCCAACGAGGGCCAUAAUAUUUAACAGUCUGAAGCAACACUCACAGCUAGACACGAGGCCAGACGUUAGGCAAGCAAGGGAAGGCGCGGCAGAGGUAUUGUGGCAGGGCAGGGCAGGGUGCAGGGGCGGGCGAACGGCACGGGCGGUGCAGGGCUUGCGGGGUGUGGCUGCGGGCGGCUCCACCCUUCAUGUGUCGCUCCGCCGUGAGAUGUGGAUCAGUCACCUCCAGCGACCGUCAGUCAGUCAUUCAUGCAAACAAAAACGAAAGUCCUCGGGGCCACCGCGAAGCCCCUUCAUUCCUCAUAUUCGGCUUUCAUACUAAUAUUAAUAUAUUUUUGUAAUCUUUGUUACACCUGCAAUGCUGAAUAUCAUGUAUCUACAAAGUGUACAUAAGUAGGUCAAUAAAAUUCGCGCAACAAUA